GAGUAUGGUCGGUUCCGGUCAAAUACUGCAGUCAGGCUUAAAAAGAUGGAUGAGGAAAGGAAAAAGGCUUCGAGUGUUCGCCAUGUCAAAUGGGAAAAGCCUCAUGUCUGUAUAACAGAUGAAGAGAAAGCUGAAUUGUUCAAAAGGAAAGAUUUCCGGGAAAAGAGAAAAAACUGUCAACUGAAAAGUCUGUUGAGUGAGCAGUUGGCAAAGAACCCCUUUGUGCAUCCACUUCAAAUCUAUGCCAAGUUUGAUGGAAGAACACAGGUUGGCAUUGCUACUAAGAAGUUCCUAAUCUACCUACCAAUGCUAGAAGAUAACAACUAUCCUCUGGUGGUGCAAGUUGUCAGCUAUGCUAAAAUACAAGACCUCAUUGGACUUAUAUCCUGGCAGUGUUCAUCAGAGUAUCCAGAUGUUGUCUUUAAGAGCGUUGAGAAUUACAGUCUGUACAUGGCAGAGGACGACGGAGAGGUCGAUUUCGCCUUUCCUUGUUUGGAGCCCAAAGAGACUGUCGCUAAAUUUGGAUUUAAGAUUUUAGCUCUUGUAGAAAAUGACCAAAGUCAUGCUAGGCAUGAAAGACUAUCUACCACACACAUACUGGUAGAUAAGUGUGAUGAUGCCAGUAGUUCAUCUCUAGCCAAAGGUAAAGCGUUCAACGAAAAUAACCAACAAACUGAUGGAGGGUAUAUGGAGCGUGUGCAGGGGGACAUGAAUGCUAUUGACGCUACUCUGUUCCAAUCGUUUCAAGUGUAUAUAUUAGGUACUGUUAGGAGAAACUUAGUGCAUUUAGGUAUAUCUGGAGAGAAAGUGGAAUUUUAUCCGGCUGUAAAUCAGCGUUCAAGUGCCAGGUUUAAAUGGGCGCAACAAAAAGCGGCCCGAUAUCAUAUGGACUCAAUAGUGGCGUGUGAUCUUACUGAGACCAAGUCAAAUAAAUCAAACUUUAGGCUAGUGUACGAUCAGAUGACGGGGGAGGGACCCGUGUUUAAGCACCACGACUUCGAGGUGGAGCAACGCACGGCCAAGGAGAUCGUGCAGAAGGUCAAUCACAUCCUCGACCUGAGGCCCUCGUCAGCCCGCAGAAAAGAGUACCUCGCUCUCAGGGAGCACAAGUCGCAUCGCAAGAAGAGCUUUCCGCACAGUCUAGUUCCCAGAUGAUUAGAGCUAGUCAUUAGCUAUUACUCUCAACUAUCCUACACAUUGUCAUAUCUUCUUCAUUUCAACUUACUAGCAUUGCUGUAACGAUUUUAUCGGUUAGUUUUUCAAACUAUCAAACUUCCCACUAUCGCACCUUGGAAAAACGCAUUGUACAGCAGAUACUCAGUUUUUUUUCAUUUUAUUUUAUUCAUUAUUUAUUUAUUGAAACCAUUAUGAUAAUCAUAGCAAAUCGUUAUCAUCAUUGAAUCAUUCAUAUUUGCUACUAUUCAUCGAUAACUUCAGUAAAAAGUAAUUGUUAAAACCACUUAUCGUACAGCAGAUUCUCAUUUUUCAUAUCUUCAAUCGAGCAUUUUUCUUUCAACACGUAUUAUUAUUUAUUGGAAUAAUCACAUUUGCUUUAAUUCAUUGAUAUCUUUGAUAAAGAAUUUCUGUCAUCAAUGAAAUAAAUGAUCGUACAUCAGUCAUCAGGAACUGCCAGAAUUACUAAAACGUCCCUUCUUUGUUUCUAUGUUGUAAUAUCGCUACUCAAUUAUUGAUUACUAUGCGUUGAAAACAGUUUAUUCUCCAAAUACUAUAGAAAUACGGUAUAAUUAAUGGUA